GAGUAUUUCCGUUGGUGUCACGGAAAUAAACGAGAAUGGUUGCGCAUGUCGAUUAGCUGCGGAAGACUAGUAUCUUUGUAGCCAAAUAUCUGGACGAUUCGAAGCAAUUUGAUUCAGUUGACAGGUGUAUACUCAUCGUUAGCUUUUAAAGAAUAUGAAGAGACGAAAUGCCGAGUGCGGCAAGCUUCGUCGCCCGCUAAAAAGACCUAAGAUUACAGAAGGGAUUUACGGCAGUGCUUUCCUGUACUUGAAGUUUCUGAUGGUCUGGGGUCUGGUCCUGAUGGCGGACUUCAUUUUGGAAUUCCGAUUUGAGUACCUCUGGCCUUUCUGGUUGUUACUUAGGAGUGUACAUGAUUCUUUUAAGUACCAAGGACUGGCAUUUUCCAUUUUCUUCGUCUGCAUUGCCAUUACCUCGGAUGUUGUCUGUUACCUGUUUAUCCCAGUACAGUGGCUGUUCUUUGCCGCCAGUACAUAUGUAUGGGUUCAGUAUGUUUGGCAUACAGAGAGGGGGAUCUGUCUUCCCACUGUCUCACUAUGGCUUCUCUUUGUCUACAUUGAGGCCUCAAUAAGAUUAAGGGAACUUAAAAGUCUACCAUUCAACUUAGACCUCUGUCGGCCAUUUGCAGCUCAUUGUAUUGGAUAUCCUGUAGUGACACUUGGUUUUGGCUUCAAAAGUUAUAUAUCUUAUAAACUAAGAUUGCGUAAACAGAAAGACGUCCAGGCGGAUAAUGAUUUUUAUAUGCAGCUACUGCGAAAUGCUUUACCCCCUGAGCAGCAAAAUGUCAUACCUGCUGCUGAAAAAGUAAAAGCAUUACCUAGUAAAGAGGAAGUAAUCUCCAAUGGUGUGACACAUGGAAAGAAAACACAGGUUACAUCCAACAACAGCAGCAAUUCUAGUAGCAGCAAAACAGACACCACAGAUAGCAAGCAGCAACAUAUAGAAGAUUUUGAAUACAUUGAACAGAGUCCAUCAAAAAGGCCAAAUGUCAAUGACUACGAUGAAAGUGUGGAAAAUUACAUAAAUGACCAGCACGCAAAAGGAUAUAAAGCAAAUGGCGUCACAAAAACGAGUAGCAAAUUAAAUUCCUCCAAAGAUAAUGUUGUUUCCAGCAGUUCGAAAAAAGGAAAAAGUACGAACACGUCUAAAGAUAGUUCCACAACAAAUAACAGUGUUCCCCUAGACAAGGAUGCAUCCUUGAAUAGGUUGGAAAGCGAUGUUAAAAAGUUGAAGGCUGAUCUGCAGAGCAGUCGAAACACAGAGCAGGAAUUGCGAUCACAGAUUAACACAUUACUCAUCGCAGACAAACACACAAAAAGUGAGAUGAAUCAGCUACGACAGGAUAACGAACAGCUUCAGGCAAAGCUACACAAUCUGGUCACCAGUCGACAACAAGACAAACAGAAUCUUCAGUUGUUGGAAAAGAAACUCCAGGAAGAACGCAAACAAAAGGCGGUCAUAGAGACACAGCUAGCUACAGAGAGGAAGGCAAAAAAGGCUGAGGAGGCGGCAGCAGCACGGGCUGUGGCAAUUGCAACUUCAACAAGGGUUGAGUGCACAGAAAAUUGCAAGGCACGUCGAAGAGAUCUAGAAAAUGAUGUGAAUCAAAUACACAGGGAGUUAAAAUUGAGAGAAGACCAAUACAGGCAUUUGGAGCAAGAGAACCGGUCCCUCCGCCAAUACAAAGAUGUUCAGAAUGAGACAGAAGUCUUGAUGUCUGCACUCGCGGCCAUGCAGGACAAGAACUCUCAUCUGGAAGGCAGCUUGAGUGCAGAGACAAAGUUGAAAAUGGACCUUUUCUCUGCCCUUGGAGAAACUAAACGCGAGGUGGAAAUUCAGAGAGAGUACAUCAACCAAAAGGAGCGUGACAUCAAAGAGCUUAAGUCCCGCAUUGCAGAAGUCAUGGCUCUCAUCCCCUCCACAUACUCCAACGGCUCGAUUCCAGCGCGAUCUGAAGCAAAUUAUUUUGCAGGGGGCGGCGGUGACUUCACAGGCGGUGAGCGCCAUCUUGCCAACAAGUCCAGCCUGAACCCCCACGCUGCUGACUACACUCCUGUCAGCACCCCAGAAUUCACACCUGUCAGUAAAUGAAAUGUCGUCUGCUCGGAAAUUGGAACACUGGAAUCUGAUCUGAAGAAAACAGGAUGGUCUCAAUGAUAAAAUUUUGUUUUCUAAACAGUACCAGACUUUGGUAUUUGUUUCUGAUAAUUUUUUUAAUUUUUUUUUUAUUUUUUAUUCCAUUGGAUCUCCUCGUCUUCUUGAUUAGUCAUUAUUUUUGUUUAAAAUAAUGGAAAGAGGGAGGGUGCUAGUAACAUCAAGGAAAUGAAAAAUAGUAAGAUACUAUUGCUAUGGUAUUAUAGGUUGUCAAGUAUUAGAUUAUGCCAUGAUAAGUUUUUGAUGUAUUCAGCUUAUGUCAGCUCUGGUUGUCUGUACCCAUGCCAUAUCACCACAACUGUCCUUGUGAAAAAUGGUCUUAGAAUUAAAAUCACCACUGCAUUAAGGUUAAGAGUUCAAAUUUUAUUCCAAAUCACUUGUCUGUUUUGGAAAAUUCAUAAGUUUUUGAAAAUAGCUUGCAGUUCAGUCCUACAGUUAGUGAUACACAAUUCAAACAGCACUGAAGGAUCUUUCAUUUAUAUUUCAUAUAACUGUACUUUGUCAAUAUAAUUUAUUUACAGUUCAUGUUAUUUGUUGUUUAACCUUUUCUUUUGUUGUUUGUAGUAUUGUUGUAGAAGUAAUACCUUGGAUUGUGGUUAGCUGUUGUAUUGGUUAAAACUUUUUCUCUGUAAUUUAAUUCUUAUGUUACAAAGGAUGGAUCUUGACUGAAUAGCAGCACUUAAAUAAGUCAAAUAAGAAGAGUGCUCAUUGGGUGUUGUGGGUACUACUGUAGGUCAUUAUGAGUAUAAGUAAACUUUUAAGACUACAGACUAACCCUUAAGUACUUUAAUGAAGAAAAAACAAACUGCUUUUAUUCCAAAUUCUGAAUGGUGCAGUGCUUACAGUAAAUCUACCUGAUAAUUUAGCCGUAUAUUUGUUCCGAUUUUCAAAAUUUAAGUUGAAAUUUGACUAAAUCCAGGAGAUUUUUCUCUUCCAUUUAAUUCAAUUGAAGUUCUGAUUUUCAAUUUAUUCCCUUUGUCAAUUUUUGUUUGGAAUGAAGGGAAAGAACUGGGCAUGAAACCCCAUUAUGACCAGGGCAAAUUGGAAAGUUGGAAGUAAGAGAAAAAAAAAGAUUUAUUCAGAGUACAAAAGCUUCACAUCAUGUGAUUUGACAUGGGUACAGACUGGAUUUGAUGUUUGCUGUAUAUCAUUGGGUCAGUUGAGGCAUACAUAUUACGCUUGAUAGUUUUGUGUGUUACAGGCCGAGUUUAAAAAAGGCCAAAUGUACUAUUACUACUUCCUGGUCCGCCAGAGACAUGACAGGCCAUCAUCAAAGUUGUCUAUUUUUGCUGUCAUGAUUGAAAAAAGUGGAUGCUGUUUAUUGGUAAUAAAUGGCAAUAGAAACUGCAGUUGUUCAUGCAAACAUGGUGUUUUUGUGAUUUUUGAAGUGUUUUGAGUUAAACAAAUGGUGAAUAGAUGAGUAUGAACACAUACACUUUCUCAGAAAUCUGUCAAAUAUGAUGAAGGCAAAAAAGAAAUGUGAAAUGCACCAACUAAAACUCAAAAAAAUAAUUUGAUGUAUUAGAACCUGGCUUUUUUUCACACAAACCAUAUCAACGAAAGGAUUACAUUGAUUGCCAUGAGGUUAUUACCUUGAAGCAAAUGUGAUUAGUGCAGUUGAAAAGUCAUCCAUUUUUAUUGUGACAUAAAGCAGUUUGAGCUUACUCCUUUCAGUUUUCUGUUAAAAUGAAUCAUUGGCC